AUGUCACAUCAAUGUGACCACUUGUUACCGUAACGAUAUCAUAAACUUAUCGAACACAUGGUAGCCGCCGUAUCGUUACAUUUCGCAAUAAAUAAACCUGCGCAACAGCUAUAAAUGUAUUUUCCCCUUCGGAGCGUGGGCUUGCUUCUGAACCGCCAAAUUCGGAGCUCUUUCACUUCCAAUUCAACUAGCAGAAUGAGCAGCGCCUGUGGCUUAGACACGGACAUCGUGUGGAUGGACCUGGAGAUGACUGGGCUGGACAUUGAAAAGGACAAAAUCCUGGAGGUGUCCUGCAUCAUUACGGACAAGGACCUGAAUGUAAAGUCCGAAGCAACCUGCUUCGCCAUCAACCAUCCGCAGGAGGUCUACGACACGAUGAACGAUUGGUGCAUGGAACAACAUUACAAAUCUGGUCUUGUAGAUCGAUGCAAAAGUUCAGAUGUAAAGCCCGAACAAGCCUCUAAUCUGGUGCUAUCCUAUCUCGAGAGGAACGUACCAAAGCGCGCCUGUCCGCUCGGCGGGAACUCCGUCUACAUGGACCGACUAUUCAUCAGAAAAUGCAUGCCUUUGGUAGAUGAUUACCUGCAUUACCGCAUAGUGGAUGUGUCCACCAUCAAGGAGCUGGUCAGGCGUUGGCGUCCUGAAUUGCUGUCUUCCGCUCCCAAAAAAACCUUCACGCAUCGCAGCAUGGACGACAUCAUGGAAAGCAUCAACGAGCUUAAUUACUACAAAAAGAACUUCUUUAAAUAAAUUAAGGCAAGCUCUUUCAAUACCUCAUGCUUCACUAAUAUAAGUAAAAGAAAAAAAGUACUCCCAAUACCUAAAAAGUGUGUCUAAGAAUCAACCGUGCGUUAAGUAUUAAAAUAAAAACGUGUUGUUAAUCGUGAAGCUAAGCUUAUAUUAUUGGCAAAUGCAUUUCGUUAAAAAUAGAUGUACAAGAACGUUUACUGUAUUUUCCGUAUAUGCACGGAGAAACAGAACUCUAUCAUGAGAAAUAAGAAUACGAUAGCAAUAAAGAAUUCAAUGCUAGUAGA